AUGUUAUGUGAGAUGGGUAUGAGUAAGGGGCUGGUGGUGUGCUCGCUGCUGGUGUUCGUGUUCGUGGCGGGCGUGCUGGCCACGGCCGUGCUGCAGCUGGUGUCGGCGGCGACAGAGGCCGGCGGACAUGGCUCCUUGGAAUGUGUGUUCAACAUCUGUAGCGUCUCCUCGCUGCUGUAUGACUGUGUUUCAUACUCCGUCUUCGUUACAUGUGGAACACUAUCCUGUCCAAGGACGCGGCGGAACCUGCCGGACUUGCUGGCCCUGAUGUUACUAAUCGUGACUAAGUUCUAA